AUGUAUCGCCAGGUGCUCAUAUAUCCAGAUGACCGCUCGUAUCAACGCAUCUUAUGGAGAGAUGAUGAAAGUAAGCAAAUCCAGGAAUACAAUUUAAGGACAGUGACGUAUGGAACAGCCUGCGCGGCUUUCCUGGCUACCAGAACACUGCGUCAAGUAGCGAUUGACAAUGCUGAACUGAAUCCCGAUGUUUCAAACGCUAUCGAAACCUGUUUUUACGUAGAUGAUUUCAUAUCAUGCGCAAGUAGUGUAGAGGGAGCUACAAACCUAAAAAAGACUUGUGUAAAAUUCUUGACAGUGCUGGAUUUCACUUGCGGAAAUGGUCGUCGAAUUCACCACAGUUCAUUGAUAGCAUUCCCACACAAGACAGAGACCGUAAUCGAUGAUACCCAAACUGUGGAAACCUUGGGGUUGUUGUGGAAUACAGCCAAGGAUUGUUUUAAAUUUAGUGUGACGCUGGGGGCCAUGCCACAUGUCGUUACAAAACAUACAGUUUUGUCUGAUAUAUGCAAAAUCUUCGAUCCGAUCGGUUGGUUGGCACCAGUUGUCGUUAGCAUGAAAAUUUGUAUGCAAAGGCUGUGGCUGAGUGGUGUUGACUGGGAUCAACCAUUGCUUGAAGAUCUAUUAACCCAAUGGCUGGUGUUACGUGAUAGUAUGUGCCAGAUAACCAACUUGCAGAUUCCAAGAUGGUUACAAUUGUCAGACGGCAACCACGUCGAGCUUCACGGAUUCGCUGACUCAUCAGAGUUGGCAUAUUCAGCUGCAAUCUAUUUGUGGGUGCGACGUCCAGAUGGAAUAAUAUAUACAUAUCUUAUUGCUGCAAAGACUAGAGUAGCCCCCGUUAAGCAGGUCACAUUACAACGUUUGAAGUUGUGCGCAGCACAGCUUAUGGUGAAACUGAUGGUGAAGCUGCAGCAUAUAUUCAACAUUGAGAAUGAUAGGAUGUUUGGUUGGUCGGAUUCCACGGUAGUGUUGGCCUGGAUUGCGGAUCAUCCGAGACGCUGGAAAUCAUUUGUCGCGAACAGAACAUCAUACAUCAACAAUAUUAUACCCGCUACACAAUGGCGACACAUUCGUUCAGAGCAUAAUCCUGCAGAUCUAGCUCUCAACAACAACAAGUUGUGGUGGCAUGGGCCAGACAUUUUGAAGGAUUGUAAUGAAUCAACAGAAAUCAGAACUUCGAGGCAUCAAACGACGUCGACAUGGAAGAGCAAAGGAAUAUUGUUCACAUCACUACAGUUCCCGAAGCCGACUACAUCGAACGAUUUUCGGACUAUAACCGAUUGCUUAGGAUCACAACUUGGAUUCUGA